GAUGGCUGUCCACGUUUAUAAACAUGCUUGAUAGCCGUCGUUGGAGUGAAACAACUUUAAAGCAUCAUUUCAUUUCACCGAUUCGCUUAACAUUUGAUAUUUAGAGAGUUGCUUUCAGUGUUGAACUACUGACAGUGUAGAGAGCAUUGUGCGGCUUGUUAUCGAGCCACACAUCGUUACAUUAACAAGCUACGGUUAGCCUGGCAGCGGAGAGCCAUGCCAGCACAGACCCUGUUCGUCGGUUCUCUUCCAGCUUCGGCUACAAAUGAACGACUUGAAGAGAUAUUCUCUGAGAUUGGCCCUUUAAAGCAAUGCUUCGUGGUCAGAGAGAAAGGCACAGAAAAAUGUCGGGGAUUUGGCUACGUCACAUACUCCAUGGAGGAAGAUGCCCAGCGAGCUAUGAAAGAAGUAAAAGAAUACGACGGAAAGAAGCUUUCUGUGACAGUGGCAAAGAAGAAAAUAAAAGACAAAAAGAAGCCAGCACGGAAAGAGCCAGAGCCAGAGCCAGCAUCAGAAUCAACAUCAGCGCCGCCACCAGCACCAGUACCAGCACCAGCACCAGCACCAAGUGGAAGUGAGCAGAAAUCCAAAGGCCUCAGGAAAAACUGUCUGAGAGCAAGACUCAUCAUAAGGAAUCUCAGUUUUAAGUGCUCAGAGGAAGAUCUGAAGCAGGUUUUUGCCAAGUUUGGAACAGUUCUUGAGUCCAAAAUCCCCCUCAAACCUGAUGGUAAGAUGCGCGGAUUUGCGUUUGUCCAAUUGAAAAAUGUGGCUGAGGCAGCAAGAGCGCUUAAAGCCAUGAACCUGAAGGAGAUCAAAGGUCGGCAGGUAGCAGUUGACUGGGCUGUACCAAAGGAUAAGUUUGUUGCCAUGAAUCUAACUGCCAGUACAGGAAAUAAGAAGACAGAGGAAGCAGCUGCAAAACAGUCAGACACAAAGAGCAACUCUGAAGAUGAGGAUGAAGAAAAGAACCAAGCAGCUCCUGAGAAGAAGGUCAGUUCAAAAGCAGCUGUGAAGCAGGCAGAGGAAUCACAAUCAGAUGAUGAAGAAGAACAAGACAGUGAGGAGGAGGAGGAGGAUGAUGACGAUGAUGAUGCGUCCCAGGAGGGAGGAGACGAUGACGACAAGAGUAGCCUUGGUUCACAUAAUGAUCAAGACGAUAGUGAGGAUGAAGAUGAGGAGGAUGAUGAUGAUGAUGAUGAUGAUGAUGAUGAUGAAGAAGAUGAAUCAGCUAAAAAGAAAGCCUCAAGGAAACUUCUCCCUUCAGACGUGAACGAGGGCAGAACACUUUUCAUCAGGAAUCUGUCCUUUGAUACGGAGGAAGAAGGCCUUGAGGAAGUUCUUCUACGGUAUGGAGAACUUAACUACGUAAAGAUUGUUGUCCACCCUGAUACAGAACAUUCAAAAGGUUGUGCAUUUGCUCAGUUUAAGACAAAAGAGGCCGCAGACAAAUGCAUGGCUGCAGCGCAGGAUGAAGCAGAGAACGGAGGCAUCCGUGUAGAUGGUAGAAAGCUGUUGAUUGCGGUGGCAGUGACCAGAGAGGAUGCUGCUAAGCUGAAGGACAACAAAGUGAAAGUAGAAACGGGCACCAGGAACAUUUACCUGGCCAGAGAGGGAUUGAUCCGUGCUGGGACAAAAUCUGCAGAGGGUGUGUCUGAAGCAGACAUGAUGAAGAGAACCAGAUUUGAAGAAGUAAAAAGGGCAAAGCUUCGGGACAUUAAAGUUUUUGUGUCUAAGACUCGUCUGUGUGUCCAUAACCUGCCCAAGUCAGUGGACAAUAAAAAGCUCAAAGCGCUCUGCCUUCAAGCUGUAAAAGGAGGCAAGGGAGUCCGCAUCACAGAGUGUAGGGUCAUGUAUGACAAGAAGCCAGAGAGAGGUCAAGUGAUGGGACAAUCACUUGGUUAUGGCUUUGUCCAGUUCCAGGACCACGAACAUGCUCUCAGUACGCUUCGUUACCUCAACAACAACCCCGACAUCUUUAGCUCACACAAGAGACCUAUUGUUGAGUUCUCCCUGGAGGACACUAGGAAACUCAAAAUAAAAGAAAUGCGACAUCAAAAAAACAAGGAGUUUUUAAGAAGACCGCCUCUAAAAGGUGGACCGAAACCUCAGUCCCAGACAUCCGGAGAUGGAAAAGGAUCUAACAAAAGUGGAAAUAAAACACAAUUGUCAACACAGCUGACAGGAGAGCGAGCUCCUCAUCAAAACCAGAGGCAAAAGAGACAUGCCGGCUUCCAGACCAAACCUGAGGUGGAGCACGUAGAUUUGGAGAAUGGAAAGAAAAGGAAGAAAAUUCUACCUUUCCCCUCACACAAAGGACCUAAGAUCAGAAUGCGUGAUAAAGGAAAACAGCAGCCCCCACCUCCCAAGAAAGCACGGCCUGGAUCCAGCAGGAGGGAGCGUCAAAAACAGCAGAUGGAAAAACCUACACAACCCAGAAACCAGAAGGUCAAACCAGCAAAGAAGCAUUUCAGGAGCAGGGACGGGGACCGUUUUGACAAGCUGGUGGAGCAGUACAAGAAGAAACUGACUGGUAACAGUAACACGAACAAUGCCAUCAAAAGAAACAAGUGGUUUGAUAGUUAAUUCUAGGGGCUACAACAGCUCCAACAGCAACAACAGCUACAACAGCAACAACAGCAGAGGUUUUCUAUAUUUGACAUCCUGAAGUUUUAGAAUUAAUUCAGUGAUUGUUAUGAUUUAGUUUGGUGGCAUAUUGUACAGUAUAUGAUUCCCAUGUGCUAACCUGUACUGCCAGUUAUCGUCCUUCAUCCUGUUUUAUAUUGUGUGAUUUGCUCUCAAUAUGCCACAUUGUGUUGUUUCUGUUUUAUCUGUUUUUCCUCCCUCACUGGAGCACAGUGUAAUGUAAGGGUCACUGUUUCAUGUAAAUGGAUUUUUAUGAAAAUAUAUUAAAACAUCUCAAUUUGUGUUUUAUUGUUAAACUAUCCAUUUUGUAUUAAAUCUGA